AUGGAAGGGUCAUCUAAUCAAGAAUCAAAAACACCAACACCAGAUCCAGAAAUCAAUCCACAAAAGGCUAAAUUAUUAAUAAAUAAACUAAAGGAUGAAUUAGCAUUAGCAAGAGCAGAAAAAGAUCCAGUAAAAGCAAAACAACAUUUUCAAAUUGUUGAAAAGAUUAAAAAAGUAUUAUUAGCAUAUCAAGAACAACAACAGGGGAAACAACAAAAUAAUGAGAAUAAAUCAGAGAAAAAAGAAUCAGAAAUUCCAAUAAUCACAUCUCCAAUGCCUGAAAAAACAGUCAAUAAUGUUGAUUCAAAAGUUACCUUGGAAAAUUAUCAACAAAUUAAAAAGAGAUUGAAUGAAUUAUCAGAAAAAGUUAAAAGUCUACAGUCUUCUAAAAAUGAUUCAUCAGAUAAAGAAUCAAUCGAUAAACAAAUUUUGGAAGCAAAAAAUCAAUUACAACAAUGUUAUAAAGGUGCAGUAUAUAUGAGAAAUGCUUUAAUUGAUCAAGGAAGAUUAACAGCAAAUGCAACACCAGUAAAUGGAAUGGAAUCAAGAGAAGAAUCAAAGAGAAUUGAUCCAAAACCUGUAAAUAUAAAUACAACACCACAACCAAUAUCAACACCGACUCCAAUACAAACACCAACACAAACAAUAAGAAAACCUAUUCCACAACAGACACCAAUGGCAACAAGAUCACAAACUCAAUCAUUACCAAGAGUUGCUAGUACUUCAAGAAUAUCAGCACCAACAAUAAUUUCUAGACCAAUAAUGGUUCAAAGCUCUACUACAAAUUUUUUAUCAACCACUCAGGAUCCAAAUGUAACACCUGCAAAUAUACCAGAUAAUGAUGGUAGAGUAUUGACAAAGAGAAAAUUAAAUGAAUUGAUAAAUAAUCUAAGUGUUGAUCAAGGUGAUACAAAAACAACGGUUGAAAAUGAUGUUGAAGAAUUAUUUUUAGAUUUAGCUGAUGAAUUUGUAAGAGAAGUUUUAGAAUUUAGUUGUAAAUUGGCAAAGCAUAGAAAAUUGGAUAAAGUUGAUGUAAAAGAUGUACAAUUAAAUUUGGAAAGAAAUUGGAAUAUGAGAAUACCAGGUUAUACAAAUGAUGAAAUUAAAGCUGCACGAAAAUGGUCUUCAAAACCUGAAUAUACUGAAAAACUAAAAGAAAUAUCAAAACACAAAUAA